AUGCAUGGCCCAGGCUCGGCUGCAAUGUUAAGUGCACCAUCCUCAGUUCGUAGCGACACAACGGAAACUACUAAGACUGCCAGCGAGAGAAAGCGGCGAUGGGCGGUCUGUGCGGCGAAGGUGAAAGCAGGGGCGCUGAGAGCGAAAACGUUCGUCACCAGUAGUGACAGCGAGAGCUGCAACGGCAGCAGCGAGAGCGAACACGAACGUGAAGGUGGCAGCAACAAAGGGUCCGACUCAGGGGUUCGAGAUUGUGGGUCCCGCCCUCAUUCUCUCAAGAGGGCUCCUUCUGUGUCAUUUCCCUGCACACUUGACCUCGCCAAACAAGCACAAGCUCGAGAGAUACCCGACUCAGAGGCUGAACUGGGUGUCGUCGGCCCAAGACCAUGUGGUGAUGCGGUGACGAUUCUCAACGGCGCUACCAGCACAGAGGGCGGGAGAGAUAUCAUCGUUCGAGACCGCCCCGACCAAGCCGCCCGAGAUGACGUGGAGGCUGACACGGACGUGGAGGCUGAAGUUGAUUCGGGCCCUAAUAUUGGUGGUGGUGGUGGUGGUGCGGAUACACCGUUGCGUUCGCCGCCUGAUGCGACCAGGGAAGCACUCGUCGAUCCGCUCUCGCUUGCCGAGGAGGCCGGUGAGGGAGAGGGUGCGGGGGAGGAAGAAGAUUCCACCUUGUGGGAGCUGUCUUCCUCAAGCGAGGAGAGCAACGCGCUCUCACCGACAUGGCCGAGAUCGACGUCGAGAUCGAGGGUGAGGCGGAAAGAUGGUGGCCGAGAGAACGGACACGGACACGCUAACUCCCCCCCGCGCGCUAUUUCGUCGGCCCAACAAGUGCUUCCGGAGUCGCCGGGGUCAUAUGUCGCGCGCAUGAGCCGAAUCUUGGCUCAAGUGCGGCAGACUACGAGCCCAAGCGCGUCUGCGACCAACAGCCAAGCUCCCGACAACGGGAGAAAGGCAUUCGGCCGCCCCUUGGGAGGUUCCUCUUCCGGCAGCAACGAAAUUGCUGCCGGGGGCGAAAAUACUGUCGGCGGCGAGACUGUCGCUCCGGUCGAGGACUGCUUGAAAGAUUCCGAGACAAGUGAGCACCAGCAGCCCGGCAUUAGCGCUGUCGAUAUAACGGAAACAUCGCCUUCGGAGGGGCUGGGUAUCGGGCACCAGCGCUUGGAAGGGGCCGUGGGGAUGAACCAGAAGCCAGCGGCUCCGGAUCAGAAGCGAUGGCAAGGCGGGAGGGUGUUGGAGGGGGCAGAACUUGGUGAGGAACAUCAUGGACUCGUCUACCACAAAGAGCAGCCGGAGAGCCGCGGCGAUGUGGAGCUCAUGAUUGCGGCAGUUUCGGUAAUGGUCGGGAUGAUCGUGCCCGAGCAAUACCAGUGGAUCCUAUGGAUCGGGUGCUGCGCGGUUACCGUGUGGUUCCCGUUGCGGCGACAUUUCCGGUGGCUGUUGUGGUGGGGAUCGGAUGCUUCGGCGUGGCAGCAACCGUCGCUGGAAGUCCUCAUUGAUGCCGGUGACGGCCUAGACCCACCACCGCCGUACUACGAUAUCCAUGUCGAUGGUGUGGAUGUUGGUGGCGCGGGAGUUCUUCUGAAGGCAGGUGAACCACCAACACCUUCCCACGAAAAAUUAGACGGUAGAGCUGGAACACCGAUGUUCCGUGGCGAAUCAGAGAAGAGUAUAAAGGCGGGGGAGGGCGUAGGUGAAAGCAGCGGUGUCUUGGGAGGGGGGGGAAAGCAUGAGGAAGAGCUCGAGGAACGGUACCAGCAACUGCUGGCAGGCUUGUCGAAGACAGAGCUGGAGUUUGUCGAAUCGGCUGGAGAUGAGGAGAAAACAAGGCUGCUACACCAGUGCUUGGAGUACGCGAACUACGACAUGGCAGGGGCGAUCAAGGUGUGUAGCACUUUCUGCAAGUUUAGACUCCAGGAGGGUUGGGACCUGGUGCUCUCUGCUCCAGAGCUGGAAACUCCUCUCCGAAGCCGGGUGCACACUUUGACGACGAACAGAGAUAGGACUGGGCGAGGGGUGCUGACGUUCUCUCCGGGUAAGUUGGACAUGGACAAGGCCCCGCCGGCCGCUUACCACAAGAUGCUCUGCUACGUCUUGCAAGAGGUUAUUAAGGAUGAGGAGCUGCAGACGAAGGGCCUCGUUCUUCUUGUCGAUGCAAGGGGCGUGGGCUUCGGACUACUGAGACGCUUUACUCUGGCGGACUACAAGAGGGGGUUGCGCAUGCUAGGCGGGGCCUUUCCAGCGAAGGUCAAAGCUAUUCGCAUCCUGCACCUCAACCGAGUAAUCGGCAUGGCACUGAAGAUCGCCAUGCCGCUUCUCUCCGCAAAGAUGAGGGCCAGGGUGGAGUUCGUCACCGACGAAAGGGCCAGCGAUGGGAGCUUCACGAAGGAGCUGGCAGACCCGUCUUCAAUACCGGUGGAGCUGGGCAUCAAAGGCACCUGGACCGGAUCCCGUGACUUUUGGGAUGAGUGGGUUGUACGGAGGGUUGAUGAGCAUGGAUCCGAACGGUAGUGUGUUUCUUGAGGGAUUAUGUGGCAUCUUGGGUCUAUGAGUAAAUAUGCGAAUUUCGCGUCGGUUUAUGUUCAGGGCUCGUUAGGGCGACGUUAGACUUGGCGCUGUGUCCGCUGUACCUCGCGAUUCUUUGCACAGAACCCGCUCUGGCGCCUUCAAGAGAUCACGGUAUCUUGGAGGAAUCACUUUGUGUUGAGAUUUUGGAAGUGAAGUACGGGACGGGCAUGGAAUGGUCAAGUGCAAGAGCUGAGACUCAACAGACCUCCGGUUCUACAUAAAUGGUAGCGAGUUCUCA